AUGGACUCGCUUUCCCUUCCUCCCUUCUACCUUAGCGCACCCACAACUCCCGGUGGUUGCAGCCCACAAAAUCUCCGAUUCUACAGCACAAGAUCAAGCCCACUCCACCAAGUCGGUGAUCGGAAAACCAUCGACGACGAGUUUGAUUUCGGUUGUAGUCGGAGAUUAGAUGAUGGAUGGUCACCAUCGAUUUCCACCACCGCGUUUGCCGAUGAACUUUUCUGCAACGGUAAAGUUUUGCCCUUAAAACUCCCUCCCCGCCUCCAGCGCUCAGUUCCCACGUCGCCGACGGCCGCUAGGUCACGCACAAGAAGCCCAUUUCCUCACCGGUGCAAAUGGAACGACGAUUUUGAUCCUUUCAUGAUUGCGUUAGAAAAAGUUAGCGAAGAACCAGGUAGAAGGACGAGCGUUCAUCGGCGAUCUCGUUCAUAUUCACCGUUUAGGGCUCGUAACAUUUCACGCACCAUAGAAUCGGACCAAAAGGAAUUAACCAUAAGCAUGAUCAAGAAUCAAAGCCAAAUGGAUCGAAUCAUCGAACCUGUGAAUCCAUUGAAGAACACAAGUGAAUCGACCACCUGUACGGAAUCAAAGAUGGGGAAAAUGAAAUCAAUUUUGCUCAGGUAUGCUUCUCGAAAGAAGGAAAUCAACAGAAAAAGAGAAAUCGUUACGUUAUGGAAAGUAAGUUACUUCAAGAACUGGAGGAAGAAAGAAGCGAUGGAAUCCAAAAUGGGUAUCAAAUAUAAGUUACUUCAAACGAUUAGCGACAGAAUUGGAAUCCGUCAUUAA